ACUGAUUUCCGACGUCGUAACGUCGGCGCAUACGGCGGUGUUGUUGUGGUCGUCGUCGUCGUCGUCGUGAACGAACAGGUGUACGAAGGCGAGAGAAACGAGAAAGGCGAGCGGCACGGCAACGGAAAAACUUUGCUGCCGAACGGCGACAUGUAUAUCGGCCGAUAUCGCAAUGGGCUCAGGCAUGACAAAGGUGUCUACGCGUUCAAAAAUGGCGCCCGCUAUAACGGUGAUUGGAGGCAGGGACACAAAUACGGCCAAGGGAUUUUUUGGUAUCCUGAUGGAACGCGAUACGAAGGAGAAUGGAAGCGCGACAUGAAACACGGCUUCGGCGUUUAUUUUUACACGAACAAUGACAUCUACGAGGGCUCGUGGAAGGAGGAUCUCCGUCACGGUAUGGGAACGUAUCUGUACGUCGAUACGGGAGCAAAGCUUACGGGUACGUGGAUGAAAGACCGUAUGGAAGGACCGGGUCAACUCGUUUACCCACGUCAUCGUUUUCACGGUUUUUGGAAGUCGAAUCUGCCGUACGGACGUGGAUGCUUCGUUUUCGAGAACACUUGCAUGCAGCACGGUCAUUACGUACAUGCGAGCGAUUCCGCAUAUUAUUACGAUCCAGCUUCGAUCCCCGCAGAUAAAAUCGCGGAGUUAGAGCGGGAGAAGGUGCAGGAAGGCGAACAGCACACGGAAACGCCGAAGACAGGCUCUCUGCCUACGGUAUGGCGCGCACGUUGUAUCACGUCUUACAAUCCCGAAUUGUUGCCACCAGAAGCAGAAGUCUUACGGGAGGAGACGUCGACGGAAUCCACAAUUGAGAAGAGCGAGGAAGACAUUUGGCCCAAGAUCCAAGAUUGGCCUUACCCUGAAUAUCCGGAGGAAGAAUAUCACGAAGGAUACUUGAAGUAUUCUCAUGAGAAAGUGCCGUUUGAGAGUAACAGUGCGUGAUUGUGAUCCACGCGAUCUGAAAUUCGUAGAUAAAAAUUCGAUGCUUGAUUUCAAUAUCGUUACCGUGCGCGUUUCUCUGUGUAAGUCGCAGUGUGUAGCUUCGUGCCGAUUUGUACCGAAAAUAAAAGGAGAGCGAGAUUUUGAUUUUCAAGCGUUUUAUUUAGGAAAUCGUAACAACAAAUGUGCGUUAUGCUUUUAUGCUAUGCAUAGAGCAUAGGAAUGCAAUUGCAUUAUCUUGUAAAUUAAUUUCGUCAUUUUGUAAUAAUAAAUGCAACGUAAAUACGUAUCCGCUCGAUCAAUAAUCAUACAUUUAAAUCGUAUUAUUUACAGUCAUCCCCAGUUCGUGCGUUGCUGAACGCGAUGUUAGUGCAUGUAAAUAGAGUCGUACGCAGAGCAUGAAUCAAUUCGCGGCGUAACCGAGAAAGGAAAAACUGAUAGCCUUGUUGCGAAAAUAAAUUGAAAGAGUGCUGAAUGAUUUUCCUAUCGCUCGGGAACACUGCUAAAACCUCCAACGAGAAAACGCUCAAUCUUCGCAUCCUCGAUUUAUCUCUGCGCAAGAAAUCAUCCCCUUCCCGAUCAUCUUAUCCGCACAUCUUAUCGCUUCUUGUGUGUGUAAUAAGCUUGUAAUUAUACCUGUAAUUAAAAAGUUGUGACAGUGUAUAUAUAUAUAUAUAUAUAUAUAUAUAUAUGUCACAACUCUUAUAAUUUACGAGUUGUCAAGUUGUAGUUUGUGCAACGAUUUACAAUUGUCAUUAAUUCCGCUUGUAAUUAAGUUGCAAUUAAUUACACUUGCAAUUAACUCGCUUAUCACACGAUAAGUUUAGCAAUAUAUAUGUGUAUGUGUGUGUUGCAUUUUAUAUUUAUGCGAAAUUGAAUGCGUCAAGCUCGGUUAUUGUUAAUCGUAUUCGCAUAAGCAUAAUAGUGAGACUCGUCGCAUCGUUACAGGCACGAUUGCACCGUGCCUGUUCCUAUGCUCGCCUCAAUCUACGUCUACAUCUACACUUACGUCUAAUUCUAUGCUCGGGAUAAUUGUGUUCUUAUAAACGGACUGG